GGAUUUUAGUAGUCAAGAUUCGCCUCCGAAGGAUUUUUUUCAUUAGAGUGUUCUUAUAUUUUUCUUAUUUUAUUUUUAUUCUAAGCGAAUUCCCUCUGGUUUGGGUAGCUACGCACACGACACGCACUCUCUUUAUGGCAGCACCCCUCCACGACCUUCGAUCAUAUCUCAUGAAUAGAAGCCUUCCUCGCUGUCAUACCGGUUGAAACACCCCCCUCAAAAGCUGCAACCAUGAUGGACCUUGGAUAUGAGGCGACUCCGCCACCUUCCGCCGGGAAGGAUUGGGUCAGCUUCUGGAAUUUUGUGGACCGAGCUCCCCCUCUCGAAACCGAAUCGGUCCCCCGCGAUAUUUUGGUCGUGGGUGCCGGCAUUGCAGGCAUUGCCGUUGCCCUGGCCCUCUCAAAGGAAUUGACGCCCUUUGUCCCCGAUCUCCGGAUCACCGUCUAUGAGCGACACGAUAUCCUGUCCACAUCCGGCGGUGCCAUCAACCUCACUCCCGUUGCUCAGCGCCAUCUUGAUCGCUUGGGUGUCCUUGACGAGCUGGACAAGCUGGGACCGGAAUCUGGCACCGAUGUAGAUGCUAUCGAGCUGUUCUCCAGUCGCUCGGGACGCUCCCUCGGCGCCAUAAACUUUACAGAUGACAAGGGAAACGGAUUUGGUGGGUACAAGGGCCGCCGUGUGAUGCGUAUCAUCUUGUCCCUGGCCAUGUUGAAGGUAGUCGAGCGCACUAAGAAUGUCAAUGUGGUGUUUGGCAAGAAGCUGGUCCGCGGCAAGGAGACAAAAGACAAGGCUGUCCUGUACUUCCAGGAUGGCACAACAGCCACCGGAGACCUGGUUCUCGGCUGCGAUGGGGUCCACUCCAACGUCCGCACCCACUGGGUCUCUCCCGAGCACCCGUCCGAGUACACGGGCAUCUCAUUCGUCCAGACCAUGAUCGAUAGCAAAGACAUCAAGGCCCCCGUUCAUUUCCGCUCCACCUCGAUGAACAUUUCCCGUCAUGGCUCUUUGCUCGCCAGUUAUUGUGAUCGAGAUCAUACUCAAAUCUUUGUCGCUGCUAUCGUGCAGUUCCGGGAGGAGCUCCUGUCGCAUUACAAGAUUGAGCCGGGUCAGGAUUGGCGGCGCACCGCGGCUAUUAAAGAUGCGCUCUGCCAAGAGAUGCGCGACCGCUUCGGCCGGUCGGGCCUCCCGGCCAUCCGCGACAUGGUCAACAAGGCCGACGACUGGAUGCUCUAUCCUGUGUGGCAGGUUCGCCCUGGUGCCCGCUGGUUUCGCAACCGGGUCAUCCUCCUCGGUGACGCGGCACAUGCAAUGCCGCCGCGUGAUGAAUCUGCCGCGUACGCGCUAGACGACGCCAUUCUCUUCUCGCGCAUCCUAGCGAAGCACCGCUACGAUCCUCUCCCUGUUGCGUUCAAGGCUUACGAGGAUCUGCGGCGGGGAACGGUAAACGCUGCCUUCCAGGUAUCGCGGCGGAUGUGGGAGAAGAACCGUGACCUAGGCUUUUUGGAGGGCCGCCUCAAGGAGUGGACCAUGCCCAUGCAAGUCCGCAACGGCAAGGAAGCUCGCGAACAGGCGUGGGGUUUCGAUGCGACCAAGGUGCAACUCCCCGGACUGGGAGAUUCAACCUCGUCGCUGUAUUCAUCUGAAAAGGAGUUCCUAUAGAGGGUUUGCAUGGGUGGUGUUCCGGUUGGCGGGCUUGGGUAAUUGGGUUCUCACGAGCUAUGAUAUCAUCUAUACAGUUUUACUACACAGCAGGCAUAAAGCCGCGGCUGUCUGAUUCUUGGCAUUAUGGUUCUUGGUUCGGCAUCAUAUACAUCAGACAUAUUGUCGUUGAAAUUCAUCAUCCUUAUUUCGGUUGCGCGGCGUACCGAGUUUUGAUCCGAGGUACGACGGGGGAGUCUAUG